AUGGCGAGAGUCGGUGACUACAUUCUCCUCAUAUAUGACCUUCCAGGUUCGCCGGUGUACCACGAGAGGCUGUUGACAGGCGUCUCUCUCGGUGAUCCUGGUCUCAUCAGCGCGUACUCCCCAGACGGGAACCAUUACGCCGAGCACACGACCUCGGAUGACCUGGCAGACGUGCGCUGGUCGGGCGCCCAGGGCGCGACGCCCCCAGGCGUGAACCCAGCCCGCGUGUACCGCUUCCGCCAGGUCCCCACCGCGGCGGAGGUGCAGCAGCUGAUCCGUGAGGGCUCGCUCCUGAUCGGAGGUGUUGCGCCCGCUGCGGCGGCGGGCGCCGCGGCUGUCGUGCCUGCCGCGCCCGUGGCCGCGCAGGGGGGGUCGCCCGCGGCGGCGCCCGCGCCGCGGGGCCCGGGCCUGGCAGGAGGCGUGCCCCGUGCUGGGGCGGCAGCCGCCCCAGCCCCCGCCGGGACCGUCUGGCUCGUGGCCGAGGAUCAUCGCGGCCUCAGGCGGGGCGAGAGGCUGCCCGACCCGCUGCCGGCGGGCUCGACCACUCACGGCGACGUGGCGCUCGUCCCGCACGGGGGUGUUAUCGUCGCUGCGAGGCAGGUCCCCGUGGCGGAGGUCGACGCGUUCGUGGUGGGCGACCUCCGCGUGCUGCCCGUCCGAUUCAACCAGGAGGGUGCCAGGCGCCGCCCGUUCAGCGAGGCGGUGGGCCUCCAGGUCUCGGACGAGCCCGAGGGGGGCGUCAUGCUGUCUGGCCCCCGUGCAUGCUCGUGGGUGCUCAGGUCGUGGAGGGACGCGGGGCUGACGCUCAUCACUCACCGCGCUAACUGGCUCCGGUCGAGCCGCAUCCCCGAUGGCGACCGCUCGGUGCACGAGCACGGGGUGCUGGCGAGGGUGCUGGACUCCUUGGUGACCGUUGACCAGCUCAAAGCCCCCGCGCUCCAGAGCGCAGAGCUGAUCUGCCGCAGGAUCCAGCUCAUCUUGGACGCUCACUCCGUGUCGCCCUCGAACCCCGACUAUUCGGCCGCCGACGACUGCAUGGGCUGGGCGACCCACCGCCAGGGCGCUGCCGUCGCGCCCGACCUGCAGCGGCACGUCGCCACGGCGAUGCACGGCCGUGCCGCGAUCUUGAAGGAGGCCCGCAAGGCAAAGGAGGAGCAGAAGCUGCGCCGUGGCAAAGGCGGUGGCAAGACCGACGCCGGCGUCGCGGGGGGUGGCCGUCCCGCGACGGACAACAUGCCAGGGCAGGCCCUCCUCAGCCUGCAGAAGCCGACUCCGCCGACUCUGUCGUCAGUUUCGUCGUCUGAUGCUAUUGCGGGUCUCGACGCUCUUCGCCCUCCUUGUGAGCAGCGUGGGCCCAUCACGGCGGCUCAGCGUCUAGCGACCGCCACCAUUUUGAGCGAGGUCAGGAUGGCCCCGAAGUCUGACACUCAUUUCUCCCGCCGUGGAGCUGCGAAGGAGCUCCUGGCUUCCAGCCUGUCCUGCACUGCGGACGAGGCACCGAGUCCUGUGGUGCGGUGCGUCGGAUCCCGUGUCGACAUCCUGGAUGUGGGUGAGGUCGCACCUCCCGUCGAGUCGGUGCUCGAUGAGAUCGGGAAGAGCUACUUGCUGGACUACGAGCAGACGAUGAUGAAGACUCCUGACGAGUGGCCCCGCGUCCUGGACAGCGAGCCGCCCGUCACUCCGUAUAUGGGCGAAGUACUGAAGCGUGACCCCGCUGCGUAUAACACCUUCACCGGCGACUUGGUGAGGGCAAACAUGCCAGGUUUCAUGUGCCGCCCGAAAUACUUGUUUUCUCCCUUCUUCGUGGCCAAGAAGAGCGGGGCGCAGCGCCUCGUCUGGGGCACUCGCGCGCCCAACCGACGUUUUCGCGACCCGCCGCCGCUGGCCAUGGGGACUUCGGCUGCGCAUGGUCGCCUUCGACUUCCUGAUGAUCGGGAUGAGGCAGGAGGCUACCGCGCCGAGCCCUUCUGUGCCCAGGCCGACGUGCGAAACUACUUCUACGCGCUCGGCCUGAGGGAGGAGCUCGGUCUCUUCUUCGCCCUGCCGCCGGUCUCCCAGGCCUCGUUGUCGCAAUGGAGGGUUGAGGCAGUGGGCUCUCCCGAGGGGCCGUCUGGGGGCUGGGUCUGGUCCUUCCUCCGUGUCGUUCCGAUGGGGUGGUCUUGGGCUUUCUGGCUCGGGCAGCGUGCCAGCGCGCACGUCUGCUGCUCGGUCUCUGGGCUCGGGGUCCCUCGGGUGCUGACCGAUCGCGGUCCUGUGCCCCCUCUUGGCGGGGGGCCCCCCCGCCUCUUGCCCCAUUGCGAUGACAUCAACGUGAUCGGCAUGGACCCAGUCAGAUGCAGCUCCACGAUGCACCUGAUCUGCGACGCCUGGAGGAAGCACGGCCUUGAGAUCCAUGAGGUGGUCGAGGCAUCCGACGUUUUCAGCGGCCUCGGCCGCCUGAUUGACGGCUGCUCCGGGCUAGCCUCUCUGUGGCUAGAGCAGCGCCCUGGAGUCGCGGGCAGGGAGGUGGAGAGGUAUGUUGGGUAUCUCAUUGAUCACUUGAUGUUCAGAAGGGAGCUGCUAUCGAUUCUCAGGAGUUUGUGCGAUUUCUUCAGGGACUGCUGCCACGUUCGUGCCCGUCUCUGGCCUUCAGCUGCCCGCGAAGUCGAGCAGCGCCGACGCCUGUUGCCCCUGAUGUCGGCGAACUUGCGGCUUCAGUCGUCGCCGACUGUUCUCGCCUACGACGCUUGUCUGACCAGUAUGGCCGCUUGCCAGACAACACUCUCAUCACAUCUUGUCAAGAGCAUCGGUUCCGUCAGCGAGAGGUGGGGAUAUCGCAUGCCUUCGGCUAUCACGGCGCGCCGGUCUGCUCUGGGAGUUGGGGCUGCUGGGGUGGGGGAGGCCUCGGAGGGCCCGCGCGACGUUUUCACCGAUGCCGAGGCUGUCAAGGCCCCCAGGCUCACCGACGAGGACCACGUCGAGGACCCCUGGGAGCUCAACCCGCAGUUCACUGAGGUGCCCCGUGAGGCUCUGCAAGGCCCCAAGUUGAAGCAGGUCGUCUCGACCAGGGUUCACGUCAAGGAAGCUAUCGCGAUCGUCGAGGGGAGGGCCUCUAAAAUGACGUCGCGGCACAUCAUGAGGGCCCGGGGCUCCUGUGGGCUCCGUCACCUUCGUUUCGGGGACAACCUGGGCACCGUGCUGGCGCUCGGCCGAGGGCGCUGCUCGUCGUGCCCCCUCCUGCUCUGCUGCCGCCGUGAGGCUGCCUGCCCCGUCGCCGCUGCAUCGCGGUUCGAGCACCGUUGGAUGCCUUCCGAGUUCAACCCUGCUGAUGAAGGGUCGAGGCGCUGGGGCGCCAAGUCGGGAGGCGUCGCGCCUGCCCCGCGCGGUGGCCAGGCGCCCGGGGGCCAACCUCAAGAUAGCCCAGAAGAGAGCUUCUUGAAGGGCAGGCCUUUCGUCGGGGCCAGGAAGGAGGAGAGGGCUGCACAUCGUCUCCUGGCCUCGGGACCUUUCGCGAUCGUAAGGGAGGACGAGCGGAGCUUGCUGGAGUGCAACGCGAUGACGCCCGAGACCCAGGCGUGCUACAGGAAGGUCGUCGACGAGCUCCAUGUGUUUGUCGACCCCCACGCUCUGCCGCUGCAGACCGCCGCUCAGGUCGACCAAGCUCUGACGAGCUACGCAGAUUACGCCUGGAGCACUGGGCUCGAGAGGGCCGUCGUCCUGAAGACGUAUGCCGCGUGCAUCUCGGCGCGCCCCGACUUUCCCCGAAGGGGUUCGCUCCGCUUGCCGCGUUUCUGUCGGGUCCUCCAGGGCUGGAAGCGCUUGGGCCCAGGCCAGACUCGCGCGCCGAUGCCGUGGCAGACCGUGGCGCUCGUGGCCCUCGUGAUGGCCGCGCAGCUGGCAGCCCCGCGCGCGGCGCUCAUGGUGGACGCGAUGUUCUGGGCCUAUCUCGGGCCCUCCGAGGCCGUCGGGCUGCGCGAGCAGGGCCGCUUCCUCUCCGGGGGCUCGUCGAAGGACUACGGCUUCAACCUGCGCCCCAGCGCCUGGGGCGAGUGCAGCAAGACCAGCCUCUCCGACGAGAGCCUGCUCCUCGACUCGGCCGAGGUGCCGUGGCUGGGCCCGCUGCUGGCUCGCGCCCGGUCGGGGGGCCCGCUCGCCCAGCUGUUCGGGCUGGCGGCCCUCGGGCGUCGCGCGCUGGAGCUCGCAGGAGCGCCGACCAAGUGCGCGCCGUGCCAGCUUCGCCGCGGCGGGCCGUCGCUCGACCGCCUCAUGCGCCCGCCGCCCCGUGGCGGAGAUCAAGGCCCGCGGGCGCUGGGCCAGCGACUGCGCGAUGAAGAGCAGGAGCUGGCGCCCCUCUCAGCCGACGUCCGCCGCCGUGCCGAGGCAGCGCCCAGGAAGCUGCGCGCCGAGCUCGAGCGGCUGCAUGCGCCGCCGCGCGCUUUCUUCAAAGGUGCGCCCGCCCGUGCACGGGCCAAGCCGAUCGUCGAACUCACGUGCGGCUCCGCCGAUCUGGCCAAGGCAGUCUACGCCGCAGGCUGGGCUGCAGAGGGCUGGGGCUACGCCGAUGGUCCGGGGGCCGAUCUUCUUGGCGACGGGCUCGUCGAUCGCCUGGUCAUUGAGGAUCUCUCGAAAGGAUGUCGCUGGGGUUCACGUCGGCCUGGUAAGGCGUGGUCUAGGGCUCGGAAGAAUGACGGCAUGGGUCCGCCGCCGCUGAGAGAUGAUGUGCGUGCAUAUGGUCUUGAGCACCUGGCGGCGGCGGACGCUGAGAAGGUUUCGGUUGCCAAUCGCUUGCUAGCCAAUGUUCUGCGCCUGCUAGUUGCCGCCGUUGAAGCAGCAGUCCCCGCUUCGCUUGAGAAUCCUCUGUCUUCUCGCCUGUGGCUUGUUCCCGAGAUGUUGGAUCUGGCCCGCGCGGCGAAGGCCGACUGGGCUCAGGUGCUUUUCGAGCUGGUAGUAGCCAAAGCCAAGAUACUUUGA